AUGUCUGUCGAGGUCAAAAGCAUAGACGAAAUUAACGGCUUAAACGACAGUCGUGAGCCGCCGGUCGUUUCGACGAUACCGAGUGUGAAAGUGACGGUUGAGAGAAAACCAUUUCUUCAACCGGAAGAUGAUCAGAGGUUACCGCAUACUGGUACCGCCCGUGCCAACAUAGCAGCUACGUACGAAAAGCCGUACGGAACGACAGAAGAUGGAUGGGCAAGACGGCACCAAGACAAAACAGUACUCCAGCAGCACUGCGAGUUCUUCGACUUCGACCACGACGGCGUAAUCUGGCCACAGGAUACAUUCCAGGGCUUCCGCCGGGUCGGCUUCGGGAUAUUCCUCUCCUUACUUUCAGUCUUCAUAAUCCACGCCAACUUCUCAUAUCCGACGGUAUCAGGGUGGCUGCCAGACCCAUUCUUCCGAGUGUUCAUCGCCAACAUACACAAGGACAAACACGGCAGCGAUACGGGAACGUUCGACACCGAGGGCCGGUUUAUACCGCAGCGAUUCGAAGAUGUUUUUGCCAAGUACGGUAAAGGCCGCGAUCAUCUGACUAUUUGGGAUGUCGUGGACUUGCUAAAGGGGCAGAGAUGCAUUAUGGAUCCUGUGGGGUGGUUUGGGGCUUUCUUUGAGUGGCUCGCGACGUACUUGAUGCUGUGGCCAGCGGACGGCAAGAUGAGGAAAGACGACAUUAGGGGCAUCUACGAUGGGAGUAUCUUCUAUACCCUUGCGAACCGGCGAGCGGCUAAGAAGUAGGUUUGAAUAUGAUUCAAUUACAGCGAAAGGAGGCUAGAGCGAGCGCUUGGAUCAUGG